CAUUUAUGUUUAUUGGAAAUUUAGGUUUAUAAAUUACUAUGUAUAUCAUUAAAAUGCAGUUACACGUAUACAAUGCAAAGAGUGAGAACUGGAAACAACUAGAGACUUUGAAAGAGGGUUUAUUAAUGGGAAUAGAUGACAGGAGGAGGAUGAGACUGGGAACAGUGGCUGGAGGGACAUCAGUACCUACUGUAGUGAAGGCUACGACGGUGUCAACAAGACCAGUCCGCUGUCAGCGAGGGGAUAAUUAUGGGAUGGCUGCGGUGAAUAAAAGACGUGCAUGAGUUGGUUUUGACAGAGUUCACAACUGUUAUCAAAACAUCGAAUGGGGAAGUGUCUGAAGACACAUCCAGGUUUCUAAUGUCCACAUCUGGAGAGUGUUUGGAGGCUACUGAGGUAUUUGUUAAACUUGUACUGUAGGUUUAAUGUCCGUUCUGUGUGAAGCACGAAAGGUGAGAAACCUGGAACAUGUGAGAUGUGAUUGUUUCAGAGGCUGAUAAUAGGGUGAACGUCAGCGCGGUGCAAGUAGAGAUUAGAGAAAGAAAAGAUCAAACAAGAGGAGGAAGGAAGCGAAGACAGGUGAUAAACAAAUGCAGGGUGAGAGAGAGAGAGAGAGAGAGAGAGAGAGAGGAGAGAAAGUCCGAGUGAUGCCGUACUCAGAUGUGGAGGUAUCAUCAUCCUGGCGACCGGAUGAGUGCGGUGCCGGAGCCGCAUGGUGACUUCCUGUUUGUCAGCAGCAUACAGGAAGCAGGAGGCCCCUAGAGUACGGUCUGACUGCAUAACUGAAGAUGAGCUGAGGCCGUGAACUGGUGCGGCAUCCAACAGAAAUAGAGUAAAGCGAAGAGAGGAAGAUGCCAGUUCCGCCGCCACCACCCCCUGCGCCGCCACCACCCACCUUUGCUGUCGCAAACACAGAGAAGCCCAAUUUGAACCGUUCAGAGCAGCAGGGAAGGAACGCGCUGCUGUCUGACAUCAGUAAAGGAGCCAGGCUAAAGAAAACCGUCACCAAUGACCGCAGUGGACCCGUCCUGGACAAGCCCAAAGGAGGUGGAGGUGGAGGUGGAGGCGGUGGGGGAGGAGGAGGAGGAGGUGGUGGUGGGGGGGGUUUAGGAGGCCUGUUUGCUGGAGGGAUGCCAAAGCUGAGGUCUGCCAGAGACACAAAUGACUCGGGGCCCAGUCGAGGACCUGUUUUUCCCCCCGGUGGCCGUUCUGGUGGUCCAAGCCCCUUCGGCUCUGCUGGCCCACCUAAACUCCCAGGGGGCCCUGCUGGUGGCCGUAACAACGCGCCUGAGCUUCCCAAAGGACGCCCCAGUUUCUCAUCCAGACAGGACUCUCCAGGUGGUCCCCCUCCUGUACCCAACACACCUCGACCACCCCAGAACUCACGUGGGGGCCCAUCUAUGCCAUCACUUCCAACGGGACCCAGACCCAGCCAAGCGUCUGGCCCAACACCCCCCAGCGUUCCCCCAGGUAGGCAUGGGGCUCUCCCUCCCCCACCAGGAGGCUCCUCAGGUGGACCAAGACCAGGCUUCUCUGCUCCUCCUCCGCCCCCAAACAGCAGCCGACCUCCCCUACCACCAGCUCCCGGAGGGAGGCCCUCUCUUCCCGAUGACCGAUUUCCACCUCCACCAGCUCCCGGAGGGAGGCCCUCUCUUCCCGAUGACCGAUUCCCACCUCCACCAGCUCCUGGUGGUAGACACUCCCUUCCCGAUGACCGUUUCCCGCCUCCACCCGCUCCUGGUGGUAGACCUCCACUUCCUGAUGACCGACCUCCACUACCACCAGCUCCUAUGGGGGGUCAUCGACCAUCGAUGCCCCGCGACAUGCCCCCUCCGCCCCCCACUGCCAACUCAAAGCCUCCCUCUUCUGUCUCAUGUUCUCGUUCUCCAUCUGUCGGUGGCGCUCCUCCUCUCCCCCCUGGCCGACCAGGUCCUCCCCCUGUCCCCCCCAGCCCAGGAGGAGGUGACGAUCAACACAUGCCUCGUCUUCCCCAAAGGAAUAGCUCGCUCAACAGCCUCCAGUCAGCGCCACCAUCACAUGCUCGAAGUGGACCCCUCCCUCCCCCACCAAACGAGAGGCCGCCGUCUAUCGACAGGAACAAGUCUUCAGCGCGCUCAGGUCCUCUUCCUCCACCCCCUCCUUCGGGCCGUAAUGUGGGCGGAGGCAGUUUGAGGACAGCAGCAGCCCCGUCUCCUCCCGGUCGACCCGGGCCGGAGCCUCCACGUGGGGGACCCGGUGGCAGACCUCCUCUCCCCCCAGACAGGCCGGGUGCAGGAGGGUUCCCUCCUCCUCCUCCGAUGGGCAACGGCUUCCAAAAUUCCCACCACAAUCAGAUACAAGACGAAUGGGAGUCUAGGUUCAAUUUCCAUCCUUUGUCGGACCUUCCUCCACCUGAGCCCUAUGUGCCCUCCCAGAAGACCUACCCCAGCAAGAUUCCCAAGAACGAUGGAAAAGGACCUGGUAAAAAAGAGAGAGGAGCUCCUCCUCUUCCUCCUGUCCCCAGGUGAAAAAGUAGCAGCCAGCACAUCACCCUUUUGCUCCUCUGGUUUCAUUCUCCUUCUCUGUUGUACUCAUUGUGCUUUGAAAUGCACUUUUGUACCUGAAGUACAAUUGACCAAGUAAACGGACUGAUUCACAUUGUUGAGUUCCCGCCAGGUGCCUCCACAGCAGCAGAACGGCAACAAAAACUGUCUCUCUGCUCUGGUACUUUGUGUUGCACCAAUAAAAAUGUUGCUGUGAAUCCUAAAUCACCAAUUUCAAAUAUUCAAACUUUUUAGGCACCUUGAUCCAAAUUGAUUUGUGAUUAUCUUCUCCUUUUCUAAUGGUUUGUCAUUCCAUUCAUUGCUUGCUAGAUAAUGUUACCAACCAGCGGCACUUUUAGAACAAAACACAGACUCUUCGCAUUUGGCAGGUGAUUGUCAUUCUGUUUACACGGCACAAACAGCUGAACCAAAUCAGCAACUAGUGAUAUUAUUUUCAACUGUGCAGGACUUGAAUCCACUGAUUGAAUGGCAUCCUCUGUGUGCUGUUUUUUGUCUCUUUUUGUGUUUCCCUCAUGCCUUUUUCAAUUCAGGAUUGUAUCCUCAGGCUGCUUGAAACAGUUAAGGGAAUUUGCCUUUGUGCCUUAAUUUAUGGAUGUAUGUUCAGCUGGAUUGAAUUACUUCUGUUGAUGUAAAUGAGGGAAAACUUAGCAAUACAGCAACUUACAAUAUUACUUUGAGUUUUUGGCUGGCAGAGUCUCCUGAAACCAAACUAAAAACGGCACAACUUCCACCCACUGCUGCAUAAAAGGUGAGGACAAAAGAAGUUGAGGGGUUUUAUUUGCCAAAGCCACAUGUGCCUUUGCGUCAUGCAUGUUGUAUUCAUUGUGCUUCUGCUGGACACACUGAACGGUACUUAAUUUGACUGUUAUUGUCACAUGAGCAUGUGUUGUUCACGACUGAGAUGUUUUAAAGGACAUUGUACUGGUUUGUGACAGCAUUUAGCUGUUUGGUUAAAAGCUGCCUUGAUUUGCCAUGAUGGGCCUACAGGUAUGUAUGUAUCUAUAUGGUUCAAUCGCAUAGUGUUGACAUUUUAAGUUAUGUUUCACAUCUGUUCAGUAUUAUGUUUUUGCUUCAUCAAGCUUUGAAUGCUUUUGUAUAUGUAAUGUUUUGGUAUCAUCCUCUGGUCACAGAAAGACAAUCAUAGAGCAGAAAACACAUUUACAUCAAUAAAGAAGCUUUACGUUCUCUA